CCAGGGGGAUUGGCUAGAACGGUCGGGGCGGUGGCUGCGGCUCGCGGAGAGAGGCUGCGUAGGCUCGGCGGCUGUGGGAAAGAGAGCAGGCCACCCGAGCCAGCCCGCAGCGCCUCUCGGAUGGAGGUCCUUGACGAGUUCGACAGCGAGUUCUCCCAGAGCGUGACCUUCUGCCAGCUCAUCUCCGAGGAGGACUUCGAGAGGCAGGCGGCCACCUACACGGAGCGCGCGCUGCGCCGCCUCUUUCGCAGCAUCGACCGCAACCCCGCGCUGGCCGAGAGGGUGGUGCGCAAGGGCAAGCUGGCCGAGUACGAGGGGCGCGGGCUCCUCUCCUUCCUCUGGGCGAAGUUUUUCUGUGCAGUCCAGGGGGAGCUGAAUUGUUGCAACAGCAUGGGUGCCCUGGAAAUGCACCAGCGCCUGGAACAGCUGAAGAGGAGCAUCCACCGCGUGCACCUCUACUCCCAGGAUGCCAAGAAGAAGAGAAGAAAGCCAAAACUGAAGAAACCAGAACCCAUCCUUUUGCAAGACCAGUCCACCUCCCCAUGCCUGCCACCAACCGUGCUGCCACCUCCACCACUGCCAUCCACUGCUACUACCGUGGCCUCCAUGGUGGCCUCAUCACCGUCUGUCUACACUAUGCCUAGGGUCUUUGGCCCCUUCCCUCCUCUGCCCAGCAAGUCGAUAGAGAAGUUGGAAGUUACAAGGUCCGAAGUGAAAUUAAACUGGGCUGGCCUGUCAUCGAACCCAAAGAGCCACAUGGUUGAUCUGACCCCCUUGGUCCUCAACCCCGGAGGCUUCCAUUUCUCGUACUUGGCUGGAAACAGUGCACAUCAGCUUCAUUGCCCUGGCUACCCCUGGACCUUGGCCUGUAGUGGCUCCCCCAACACCAAGGAGACACCAUCCCCUCCUGUGAAGACUUCCAUCUUCACCCCGCCUGUCUUGCUCAAGUUCCAGCCUGUGCCAAGACCCAAAGAUGACUCUGAGAAUGACCCUAGCAGCACGGAGUCUGUGCCCCACAAGAGGGGUCCGUAACCUCUUUUCCUACAGACCACGGCUAGAUCAAUGAAUAAAGUUCCCAUGGAGGUGCCUUACUUGUGCUGGGCUCCCUAAAGGCUGUGCAGUCCCUUGGGCUUCGUCCUGCUGGAAGAGUUUGUCAGAAUAGUGCAAGCCAGAGGCCCUUUAGUCUGAGCCUGCAUACAGUAAUUGUUCAGGUCAGUGCUACUGUGAAGUCCCCUUGCUUGUUCUCUAACUUGGGAAUUUAGCCAUGGCACUUUGAAAGAGAAAUGAGUGAGGAGACAGCACUGCCCUUCUCUACAGUGACUCUGUGGCCCCUUUGAGCUUCACUUGACCUCACUGAAUUGCAGUUCCAUCAUUUUUUCCUACACCUGGGCUCUAAACUCAAGCCUUAUCUGGGUGCAGGUUUAGAAACAGUGAUCUGUUCCCUCCCUGGAGGAAAAUAAGCUGGCAUGUUAGUUUCCAACUUGGCACCUCCCUAAGGAAUUUCAGAGAUGUGACUCUUGUUGCUUUACACACCAGCCUUAGAGUCAAACCUGCAUGUGAGACAUGAGCCCUCACAAAAUGCUUAAUGACUGCUGGACAUUAGCAGAUACUUGUUGAACCCUUGUGUAUGCUCCACACCUUGCUUGGGACUGGAGAUAAUAAACCAAGCAGUUGGUGUCCCUGCUCUUAAGGAGCUUACAUCCUAUCCUCCUCUGUGUGUGUGUGUGUGUGACUGUAUGUGUAACCAGUGCAUCCGAUUAAUAACACGGUUAUAAAUUGUGAUAAGCCCUAAGGAAGCUGAGUUGGACAUGUAUGCAGUGGGUGGUCAGGGAAGAUCUCUCUGAGGAGGUGACAUUUAUGUUGAAACGUAGAAAAACAUAAGGAGGCAGCCAUGAAAUGAGAAAGGGCAAGGACCACUGGCUCUGGGUGACUAGAUAGCGGUACAGUUGUGGCAAGG